GCAAGGAAUCAGAGAGAUCAAAUCAAAGUUAACAUGUCGAAGGGGAAUUCAGUUGUUCUUUUGGACUUCUGGGGAAGUCCAUUCUGUUUGAGAGCAAGAAUUGCUCUUGAAGAAAAGAGUGUGACUUACGAAGGCAGGGAAGAAAACUUGCUUGGAGGAAAAAGUGAUCUUUUGCUCAAAUCCAACCCCAUUCACAAGAAAGUCCCUGUAUUGCUGCACAAUGAUCAACCAGUAGCAGAAUCUGCAAACAUUGUUGCAUACAUUGAUGAGGCUUGGCCUUCCAACCCUCUGCUUCCAACCAACCCAUAUGAACGUGCCCAAGCCCGUUUCUGGGCUGACUACAUUGACAAAGAGGUAUUUGAAACUGGCAAGGGAAUUUGGUUGAGCAAGGGAGAAGAAGGGCGAGAAGUGGCGAAGAAGAACUUGAUUGAAGUUGUGAAGAACCUGGAGGGAGCUCUGGGUGACAAAAGUUUCUUUGGUGGUGAUGCAUUUGGCUAUGUGGAUAUUAUAGCACUGGGUCCAGCCUCAUGGUUUUAUGCUUAUGAGAAGAUUGGGGGAUUCAAAUUGGAAGCCUAUUGUCCGAAAUUCUCAUCCUGGUUUAAGAGAUGCCUGCAGAGACCCUCGGUUGCUAAAGCGUUUCCAGACCCAGAAAAAGUUCACCAGCUUGUCCUCAAAUUAUCUGAGAUCAUGGGUUAACAUAAGGAAAAAAAAAAUUACACGUGGCAAGAAUAAAGAGAGAGAAUUAUGAACGAAGAUCCAAUUAUCAACUUUCUUAUAGCCUAGAACCGAGUGAUGACAGAGUAUGAUUAUUCACUUCAACCUGAGUUGAAUUACGUAGUAUAACUCGUGAACAUCUAGCCAGUCUUUCUGUGUGGAGAAGUUGCUGCUUGGAUCUGGUUUAUAAUUCUCUCCAAACAAAUAAUAAUAGCAUGGGCCGGGUAUCAACCUUGUUUCACCGUCUUCCGAAUUUCAUGAAAUAAAAAUGUUUCUCUUGAUGCAGUGCCAAUUAAUUUUAGUUUAAUAUUGGCCUUGAAUAAAAGCUUGUAUGGUAUUAUAGUUACUUUGCACUAUUUUAUUAUUUUUUUUCUUUUUAAAUCUAUAGAACCAAUGUUUAUUUUUUAA